GAAGAGGGGAGGGCUACAUGACGGAGCGAUAGAGGAAAGAGAAUAACGCUGUGUGAUAAUUUAGGAGACUAGGUUUGUGCGCUGGAAUAAAAAUCAUGAGCAAGAAGGCGUCUUUUCUUUCCUCCCGAAAAUGAGGUCCUAACAGGAUCGAAGAUGUCAAUAUAUUUACAGGCUUUUUAGUCAAACAACCCAAAAACCCCAAAAAACUUGGCACAUAAAAAAUCUGACAAUGCACCCCUCCUCUCGUCCAUCCGUGCCCCCGCGUUCCCGCAGAUUUGACAAUAGGCACAUAGAGGCAAAGCAAAGCCAUGUGACCAAGAGGGAGGACAAAAACAUGAACACAACAUCAUCUCGUCGUGUCACUCGGGGGCCACCUGAGUCUUCCAGGUUAAAGGGCCCCAGUCAAGUUCCACGAGCCCCGGUAGUUCAGGCUAAACUGGUGCGGCCACAAAGGAUUGGUGCUCACGCAAUACCAGCAAUCUCAAAACCAAAAAGUGGCCGCAGUGUAUUAAACCCUGCCCCAGCUGUGGAUCCAAACUGCAACGAGCCCAGCCUACCUUGUUUGUGUUGCGAUGGCCAUUCACCUCAGGACAGCAACAGCCUUUUUAAUCACAACCAUAACAACAAUAACACUGUAAACAUCAGACAACAAAUGAAGCUCCCACCCCCUCCACCUCCUAACAAUGAUAAAUUGGCUGUUUUAAAACAAGAUGUCAAAGAAGAUGAGUGCAAGCUAGAAGUAAAGCAACCUCAUGUUGUGCCAGUGGAGGAGAAAGAUGAAGUAAAUGGUAAUAUGGAUGAAAAAGAUGCAGAUCACCUCAAGAACGUUGACGACGGUGUAAAUGUGAAUGGCAAUGUUGAUGUGAAUGGUAAUGGUGGUAAUGAUGAUGAAGAUGAUGAUGAUGACACUCUUGUUCCUUCUUGUGGCAAUUGCCCAGACUCCAUGCUGGAUUUCUCUCUUACAUCUUCAACUUCAUCUUCUUCCACUUCCAUUAGUAGUUGCUCAGAUCUGGAGUGCGACUGCCCUGAUACAUUUUCACUGUCAUCACAGGACCAAGAGGACCCUGAGCACUAUCAGUCUUCUCAUUCCCCUGCCACCCAUUGCCCUUCUUUUGAGUCCAGCGUCUUACCAAUGGAUCACAACCCUUCGACAAGACCACCAAUUUCCCCUUGCUCUAUUGAUGAAGGCUAUCCCUCCGCUCCAUCCUCUCCCUGUUCUGACUACAUGGACAGGAAGGGAGAAAAAGGAACAUGUAUUAAAGUCAAUCUUCUUAAUUUUUUGGACUCUAUGGAAGAGUUGGGCAAAGUGGAUCUAUUCUACCGAAUUGUUAAAUUGGCACAUUGGGAACUGGACAAUGAGCUGAUUGUCAGAGAUAGGCUGGAUCACCAACAGAAGCUUCAGAGGGUCAACAAAGAAGUAAAACUGGCUUAUCUCUUGAAACUUCAGGAAGAAGGAUUGGACUUCAAUAAUGAGGAUAUCCCCAGAGUUUUGGAUGAAAUGGGCAAUAUUGACAUUUCAUGGAAGUUGUAUAAAAGCAACAAAUCAUGUGAUUCCCAAGAAUUUUCCGAUGGAGGGGUGGAUCUGACAGCACCAUCUGACCUUGAUGAAACCCCUGUCACUGAUUCUCUGUCCCCAUCGCCACAGGAUCUUCUUCCCCCUCCCAGGCCUCCAAAACCUCCAAAAAGGCAUGCAAGUGCCCAACCAGAAUCACACAAAUACCAAAAUAUCAGCGGACAUGUCUUUUCUGUUUUAUCCACCGAUGAAACUACUGCUUCCUCCACAGCCGUGUCUGCUCCUACAUUGCCUACACUAUCCUCUUCACCCUCAACCGUGAAGCCACCAGCCCUUUCUCCUCCUCCAUCAAAACCGGUGCCCUACUUUACUCUAAAUACAGACUCCUCCACUUUCACCUGCCCCACGCCACCUAUUCCUCCUCCCAGAAGACGCCAUAAGGCUCGUCUGGAGGCACAAAGACUUGCUGAGCUUGAAAGAGAAAAGAUUCCCCACACCCUUCCACCUCCAACUUCCAGACCUCCUCCACUACCACCUCCCCCAGCCUCGACCACAGUUAUCCCACCGCCGCCAUCAGUCCCACCUCCUCCAUCUUUUCAUGCACUGGAUGUUGAAAUCCGAAAGUUACUUGCACUGGCAGGCCUUACCCAAGCAGAAUUGCUUAAACUUAGUCCAGAGUUGGGUGUUUCUGUAGAUGUGGUUUCGGCGAAUGAGAAAGAGUCCAUAUCUGAGAUGUCUCAAAUGGGAGAACUUAGAGUAAACACGUCUCAAAAGGAAGAUAUUGAGAAUGAGGAGCUGGAUUCCAGAUUGAGAGAGAAGACUAGAUUCGAGAAAGACAAGUCCUCAAGUGUGAAGUGUGAAUUAGAUGUGAUCAGUGAAAAGGAGAUUUUGAAAGAAGAACAGAAUGACACAAACAGAACAACAUCCUUCACGGAAAUGGCAAGACGUCGUAAGAGAAAUGGCGGAAACUGUAAUCAUGGCUGUGGCUGUAGCUAUGGACACAAUGUCACCUUAUCACCUAACUCUUAUUACAGUGCCGGUCUUAGCAAUACAGAUAUUCCAGAUGUUAGCAUUGGAAGAUUUGAAUAUACUUCAAUAAUUUCUGACACCCCUCCUCCUCCACCUCCACGACCUUUACCACCUUGUCCUGCAUUAGCCUCUAAUUCAUCUGGACUUCAUUCUCUCAAGUCAUCCACUCUACCUGCCAAUAGCACUCGCCCAGAUAGAUUUGACUGGCUGAUAGCCUUUACCCCAGAUACAGAGUCGCCACCCCUUGAGAUGCGAAAAGUGUCAGAUGAUGGCAUGUUACACAAAACAAAUUCAGGCUCUAAGGUCACAACCUUUAAAGAACUGCGCAAUAGAAGCAAACAGGGUUCCCUGCCAGCCCCUUCCCUACCAGAACCUGAUCCAAAUGUAGUGACCCCAGACCCUGAUUUUCUGUACAACCUCAAAUGGAGGAGAGAAAAGAUUGAAGGAGAUGGCUGGGAAUAUACUUCCCAAGCACAAGCCUCUUUUCUCCAGCCGCCACCCACUCCCGCCUCACUGUCCCUCUUCAGGGAAAUGUGCCACCUGAAUAUACAAGACAACUGUCCAGCAGAACCCAAAGUUUUCCAACAAAUUGGUUGUUCAGUUAGCGAAGGCAGUCUUAGGAGUAUUUGUGGUGAAAGAUGUAAAGAUGAUCAACCCAAAAAGCUGGAAGAUGGGCAGAAGAUGGAAGUUAGAGGAAUGGCAGAUGGAGCGUGGACAUUGGAAUCCAGGACAACAGUGUCCUCACCUCCCCUGUCUCUGUCCACGUCUUACUCCCUGACCUCACCUUAUUACCUGCACUCCGCUCCCUUGUCACAAGCCUCCCAUUAUUACCACCCUGACUCUAACAGAGAUCAUGACAUGCCCCGAAGCGGGGAUUCCAUGAACAUAUCUAAACCAUCAUGCAUAAAUUCCACUUUUGACCCUAGUAGAAAAUAUAUCGACUAUACUGAUUCCCUUUACUGGACUGAUUCAGAUAACAAUGCAUUUUUCUUAUAUAACCAGGUAAAUGAUCCCAAUGCUGACAUUGAUUCUUUGUACCAUAAAUGCGACCAUGAAAAUAUCUUUAUAGAUUCUUUAUACCUAUAUGAGAAUGAUUCAGACAACAAGAAAACCAACUUUUACUCUGUGUAUAACAGUGAACUGGAUACAAUGAAAAACGAAGAUUCGCUUUAUUACAAUGAAAAAUACACAAGAAACACCCUGAAGCUUUUCUCUGACACUGAACCACCAACCCCCAACAUUAACACACUCACAGAGGGCGACAUAACACCAUAUAAGAACAUUGACAUGCAAAGCUACAUAACAAUGCGAAAUCUCAAAAACCAGACUUACGCAAACAACAACACUUACAAAGACUCUCAGAUUGAUUUGCCUCCAGAGCCAGUUUACUCAUGUUCCGAUCACAACAGCAAUGAAACGACAACACAAAACAAGCAGGACGUUUUAUCAUUUCCUGCCUACUAUCUCUACCAUCCCAAAAACUGCCCCCUGCAUAAAGGUGAACCUCCACGGCUGUCCCCCGUCGGGGCAAUCUCUCCUCCCCUCCGACCCGGACCUCCCAUUCCUGGCACAGAUGUUCCCCAUCUCUGUUCUCCCCUCUUUCCUCGAAGUCACACCCUUCCCGCCCUUGCCGCCCCGCUUUAUUACCCCUACCUGUACACCCCUCCAGUCCAAGCCCCUCUGAGGGAGCCAUCAGUCUCCAUACUUCACUCUCAGCAGACUCCUCCACCACAUACUUUGACUGUUCGCAGCUUCUCAUUCGCUGGCUCUGAGCAGAAAAAAGCGACCUGGAUGGGAGAUGACGCAAGGCCCUCAGUGAAAACUGAAGGGCUUUCUUCUGCGUGCCUGCAAGAAAAGAGAACUCUUGUCAGUUCAGUAAGUUUGGCAGUGGAGGCUAUUUUGGCUCAGUUCAAUUCAUCUAGGACCCUUGUGCAGAAGUUUCACACAGUAGAUAAGGCUCUCUCUGGAGACAGCAGUGUAAAUCCCACUCUUGGUCGGCUGGUACUGCAGUGCCUUUGCCCAGCCCUGCGCAGCCUGCUCUGUGACGGACUCAAGCCCCAUCAGAGUGACCUUAUUGCGGGCAGAAGGCCGAAUUCACCGUGGGCAUUGGUUCAGGCCUCCACAAAACCAGGCCCAAGCACACAGGCUUUACACAACCUCCAGGCUAAAGUAGCAGGGCUUCCUCAGCUUAAGCACAGCAGACACAGGUUCAACGCCUUCCUGUUUGGACUUCUCAAUAACAAACUCCUGGAUUACUGGCUUUCACAUCUGCAUUCUUGCUGUGAUGUGUUGGAGACGUUUUAUCGCCCUAUGUCCUUCAUGCGCCUAUCACUCACUUCCUGCAAGCCUCUUUUCGAAGAGCUUGUUAUUCUUCUACAGCCUCUUUCUCUUCUUACCUUCAACCUUGAUCUGCUGUUUCAGCAUCACCACCUUGACCACGCCUCCCCGACUCUCACUCCAGCCAGUCACAGCUCCGAUAUACGUAGUCCGCCAAAUGAAAACUUCAGCUUCUACUUGUCCCCAAAGGGUCUUUUCCAAGGAAGCGACCAUCAUCUUGGACGCGUAUUAAAGCAAGACCACAGUAUCUUGAAUUCCAACGCAGGCCUCACAAGCCUGUCUAGUCAUGCUCUUGAUAUGUUCGAAGAAUCAACCUGUCGGAAUCCAUUUUUGGGUGCCAACAAAGAUGAAGCCAGUUCGCCAUUAUCGUGGUUGAAGGAGAAUGACGUGUCAGGGAUUCUUGCAAGUGGUGGGAGUGGCGCGAGUCUUUCCCAGCAGGCAGGCCAGGCCCUUCAGCAGGGCUGGGGGGCAGUAAUGCGUUUGGGGGAGCGUUUGGGGCAAAACUUUGGUUUGGCCUCGUCCAGCUCCUCAGAAGAUGUGAAGGGUCCAUUGGAUGACCAGAAGACAGGCUUCCUACUGCAUCGGAAAAGUCCAGUUGAAAACAGACAGCAACCAAGAGAAGAUCUUUCCUUGUGGGAUUGUGAAACGGCUGUUCCCUGGAACUUGGGAAGGCUUUUUGGAGCAUCAAAGAGCCCCAACAACCCCCCAACAAGCAGGCGGCCAUCUCAGUGGCUUUCACCUGGGGUAUCCGUCCUUACCCGCAUAGCGAAUCUUGGCCAGGAUACUCCAUCUGAGAACUGUGAGCUGCAGAGGAACACAGAUAAAGAAAAAGAUGAAAAUCAAUCAAGCAAGGAAACCAGAGAUCAGCCAAUGCCCCUGAGGGUGGUCAGAACUCUGUGUGACUACAAAGGCACCAGGGGAGAGCUGAGCUUCAGGAAAGGGGAGGAGCUUGUUCUCUUAGGAGACGUGGACCAUGACUGGAUAAAGUGUCUUCAAGGUGACAAAGAGGGCCUUGUUCCCAUUGGUUAUGCUUCACUUGUUAUGUGACU